AUCAAAGCUGUAGCCAUGGCCAAAGUUGCUUUAUGGACGCCUUUUCUGCGCAGCCGCUCUCGGAGAGUUGCUGCAGCAGCUGCAGCUGCUGCUUUUGCAGCUAUAUCAGCCUCCUCUCCGCUUCCAAGCCAGGGAGCCUUUUUGGGCAUCUUUGGGGGAAGGAAAGAUGUCUCCGAGAAGCAGAUACCAUCGGCGGAGGUCAUCGGCUCGGCUUUGCGAUCCUCAGCUGGUCCGAACAAGCGGAGCACAGCCUGGGAGGUGCUGGAUAUCACGAAAUUGCCAAAGCAGACUGCCUUGGUCACCGGGGCCAACUCAGGCAUUGGCUAUUAUACUGCUCUGGCCCUUGCUUAUGGUGGUGCCCAAGUGCUUUUGGCCUGUCGGGACUCAAGCCGCGGCAAUGCAGCCAAAAAGAGCAUGGAGGAAGCACUGCAAAAAGCUGGUAAACCAGCAUCCAACAUAGAAGUGGUUGAGCUUGACCUAUCUUCGCUGAGGUCCAUCCGCACCUUCACGCAAAAUUUUCUGAAGGAAGGUAGGCCAUUGCAUCUACUCUGCCUGAAUGCUGGCAUCAUGGCCCUUCCAAAGUAUACAACAUCGAAAGACGGGUUUGAGAUGCAGUUUGCAACAAAUCAUUUGGGGCAUUUUGCACUCACCAGUGCACUCAUGAAGAGGAUGGUGGAGUCUGCUCCUGCAAGGGUGGUGACACUUGCCUCCGAAGCUCACAGAGCCCCCAACGAAGCUUACGAUCUUGAUGACUGGCCUCCUAGCGCCGCUCAGUAUGGAGACUGGCGAGCCUAUCAGCAGUCCAAGCUUGCCAACAUCCUGUUUGCUCGUGAGCUCUCCAAGCGAUUGGCUGUCCUUCCAGGAGGUAAUCUUGUGAGCUCCAAUGCGGUGCAUCCAGGUGUCAUCUCGACACCUCUUGGAAGACAGCAGAUGCUGAAAGGGCGCAUGCUACUUGGGCUCUUCCAGGACCGCAGCGAGGCUGAGGGGGCCGCUACCAGUGUCUACUGCCUGACGGCUCCUCUGGUAGAAGCGGUCACAGGUGAAUAUUUCCGAGAUUGUGCUGCAACCAAGCCUUCCAAGUAUGCGAGUGACGACGAAGCGGCCUGCAGACUUUGGGAACUCUCAGAGCAGCUGCUGAUCAAGGAAGGCUUUGUUGCUGAAGAUGCUGGUAAGGAGGAGUGA